AGCUAACUUAGCUCUGCUGUGUGUGUAUCUAUGUGAGUGUUGGCAGUGUUGGUGUCGGUGGUCUGUGCCGCCAAAGAGUUAUCAGGCAACCGGACAAGCCUCUCGCACACUUUGUAUUCGCCGAGCGACGUGUUCGGACGCUUCAAAUACAAGCUACAAAACAAGAAAAUAAAAAUGAAGAAUGCCUACUAAAAGCGACACCGGGACCUAAGCGAGUGGCACCCGUCCGAACUGAUUGAGCGGCUAUCGAGACGACCGGGACGGUCUGUGAUUGCCCACCGGUUGAUCCACAAAUUGCAUUCUCCAGUGCCAUGGAUUCAGAGCAGUAUAAGGUAGACGUACACUACAUGGACGGCAGCAACGGCAGCAGCCACCACUGGCACGUCAUAACGAAAGCGGGAGACUCGGACUGCAGGGCACGAGACGGGGACGGUGGUGGCUGGAGGCUCCUGGAAGUAUCGCUUUCCGGCGGUGCGCCGUGGGGCUUUACGCUCCGCGGUGGCCUGGAGCAUCGCGAACCCCUGCUCAUCACCAAGGUGGAGGCGGCCAGCAAGGCGGCAGCUGUGGGCCUGCAGGCGGGGGAUGAGCUCGUCAACAUUAACGAGAUUCCCCUGAGCGGAUUCAGGCAGGAGGCAAUCUGCUUGGUGAAAGGCUCCCACCGGACGCUCAGUCUCAUGGUGAAAAGGCGCACUGAACCCAUAAGCAGGCCGCACUCCUGGCACUCCACUAAGUUCAGCGAAGGGCAAUCUGAGUCAGCCAAAACACAAUCUUCUCCACCCUCGGCGGUUGUGUGGCACGCCACAUACGAUGCGACUUCGUCGUCAACUGACCUGUCCUCCGGUUGGGAGCAAACCAACCUCUGCAGGGUUUCGGACCAGUUCAGCUCUCUUGGCAGCAUGGACAGCCUAGAGCACGUCCCCCACCCGUACCCGGCUGGUCAGUUGUCCCUUGCUAAGUCCAACAACAGCAUGGAGCACCUUGGAGGCGGCGGCAGUGGCAAACGAGACUCUGCCUACAGCUCGUUCUCCACCAGCUCUGGCACGCCGGACUUCACGCUCUCAAAGAGCAACGCCGCCUCCACUGAGAACGUGCUGUAUAAAGUUAGCCAGUGGGAUGCCGGAGGAAGGCCCGUCAAUGGCAGGAGCGGCCAAAGUCUGAUGGAGGGAGUCAAACAGGAUGACAGGCUGACGUACUUUCAGAUGCCGGGAGGCUGCGACGCCCCCCAAGCUGACGACCAGGCUGGCUCCCUCCAUGCCACUUCCGGUAGAACAAGUUGUGGACCUGUCUGGUAUGUUCCAGACAAAAAGACAAGCUCCUCCCCUUCACCACCACUGCCGCUCCCGCCAGCACGCAGUGACAGUUUUGCCGCGACCAAGGAAAGAGGCCUCGUCGCAGCUCAUCCCGAGCCUCCCAAUUCACGCACUCCAGGGAAGCCUUCUACUGAAGAUCGCAGUGGCCAAAACCUGUCCCCGAAACACGACAGGGCAGGUUUUUACUCUCACGUCCAGUUCAACUCAAACAAGCAGCACUCCCUCUCCACCUGUGAUGUCCGGCAAGGUCAUCCCGCACAUCACAAACAUCACGGCGACAAAAGCACUUUUCCUGCACAACCGUGGCCUGCGACUGCUCCCAAGCCACUGAAUGUCGGGGGCUACUUCUCCAGCAUGCAGGAGCUGCACACUAAUGGUUCCGCUCAACCCGCCAGCCUGAACACCAGAAGGAAUUUAAGCACAUCUCAAGCAUUUGCUCCCAAAGACCCAAACAUUGAGAGCGCUGGGCAAAGCCGACACUACUGUGUCACUAAGUCGCAGCCUGUAUUGGGGAAACCAGAGGACAGGCAAAAUUUGGCCAGCCUCAACUUAACCCAGACUGGAAACGAACAGAAUUCUCAACAAGGAGUCACCAAAGCAAAAUAUUCUCCACAACAGCAGUACUCCUCAAAUGGGAGAGAAACGAACGGAUACAGCAAACAACACGUGACCUCUGCUGUGGAAACCUCAUCCCCGAAAGCCAUUGCCGAUGACCUCAGGAGCCAGAGGGGACAAAGUUCACAAAAUGAAGAAGCUCCGUACCCGAGUUGUCCCCCGAUCAGACUCUCGAACCAACGGCGAUCCCUUCCCCUGCAUCACAGAGAAUUCCCCCAAGAUAGAAGACACCACAGCCAGGCCAGCGACAAGAUCUGCCCCCAGACAACCCCCAUCCUCCAUUCGCUGGCCACGGACACCAAGGACGAGACCUCAAAAGCUUUCGACCCGGAGGAGACGGUCGAGUCCAAGCAGAUGCGACGCAACGACCGCUUUGCCACCACCUUAAAAAACGAAAUCCAGAUGAGAAGAGCCAACCUGCAGAAGAGUAAGAGUGCGGCGACUCUUCCCGAUGAGAACCAAGACCACCAGGAUGUGUGGAAAUCCAAUCAGAGCUCCACCCCCGCAUUGGCAGACAGCCCCUUCACAAACACAUACAAGGAUAACUUGAAGGAAGCACAAGCUCGGGUCCUUAAAGCUACUUCCUUCAGAAGGAAAGACCUGGAACCCGUAGCGGUGGAACACUCGUCAGCUGACGCCAUACCCAGUUAUCCUUCCUCUGCGAUGGCCAGGAAAGAUCUGACUCCUCUUCCGACACUUUCAGAGGUGGGGACCAAUAAAUCCGCGCCUUUGCGCAUUGGCGGACGGAAGCGCUUCGGAGUAGAAAAGAAGGUAAAGUCCUUCUCUGAACCGGACAAAAUCCAUGAAGUUGGAGUAAAAGAAGAAGAAAGCACAAGCUCUUUCCCAGACCGACAGAACGAGAAAUCAACUGUGCCCGGCCACACGUCUCCCAACACAGAGAAUUCCAUUGACCCCACAGUCCGAAUUUUUCCCAGUGAAACGGAGCCCACGCCGAAAGGGACAAUGAGCGGGGACGACCCCCCGGGCGGUCCAACAUACUCCAUCCUGGAUCAGAAACGACUUGGCACCUUCGCCGAGUACGAGGCCAGGUGGAACAUCCAAAAGAAACCUCCUGAGACAAGAGCCUCCGGACGAUUCCGGUCCGCCGACAACAUUCUGGAUCCGAGCUCGAAGGAGAGUGUCAAACCUGCCUGUUUUCACGAGAGGUCCCGAUCUUCACCUUCAGCUGAAUUCUAUGGACAGACUACUCAUGGCCCCGCAAUAACGCCGGAGAAGGAAUAUUCCCAGAUGGAGGACAAACCUGCUGGGCCACUCAACUCUGCCUCAAGCUUCCUGGAGGACUGCAAAGUAAGAGAGAAGCCUGCCGAGCGCGAGCGACCCCCUCCCGCGACGGGGCACAGAACCUCGACAGCUGCUACAGCCGCUGUCAACGACAGAGCAGCAGAGUCGGCACGCUCUCAGGUGACGGAGCACGCCGAGCCUCCCCCGCCCAGGUGCCCCGACAUCAACCCAGACGAGGCGACGCGUCCCCAAAGUCACACCCAGAACAGCGAGGCUAAAAAACCAGCCGGCAAAGUGCAAGUUGCUGCCGUUGCGCGUCACACGCCAGCGCACACUCCCUCCGACAGGACGCCGGCUGCCAUGGAGGCACGGCGCUCGCCUUCCCCGCACUUUUCCCCACAGAGACUCAGCGACAAGCCGCCCGUCUCACUUCAGGACCACGAUUCAAACGGAUUGGGAGCCAGUGGGCAGGACUCGGUCUUCUGCACUUUCACUCGGCAGAAAGAACUUGAUGAACCUGGUGUGACUUCGGACCAGGGCGAGAGGGACGCCGCCACCCCGACGAUGUCUGAAGAGCAGAAGAGGGAGGAGCUGGCCCGCGACAUCAUGGACAAGGACAAGUCGCUGGCUGACAUCCUGGACCAGAGCAAGAUGAAAACCACCAUGGACCUGAUGGAGGGCCUGUUCCCUCAGGGCGAGCAGCUGCUGGAAGGAGCUCACCAACGCAAGAAAGCACCCGCCAAACCCCCGAACGCCACCCGGCAGGCUGAGGAAAGGGAGAAGGAAGACAGCAUGGCGGCGGCGGUUGCCUUGGUGACCAGCUCUGCGUAUUACAGCACGUCGGCCCCCAAAGCUGAGCUUCUCAUCAAAAUGAAAGACAUGCAGGAGCAGAACGAGGACUAUGACGACUCGGAGGACGAACUGGACAUGGAUCUGGCGAACAAGAAACAAGAGCUGAUGGACAGCCUGAGCAAGAAGCUUCAGGUCCUGCGCGAAGCCCGCCAAAGCCUGCAGGAGGACGUGCUGGACAACAACGCGCUGGGAGACGAGGUGGAGGCUCGCGUCCAGCAGGUGUGCAAGCCCAACGAGCUGGACAAGUUCCGCAUGUUCGUGGGCGACCUGGACAAGGUGGUGAGCCUGCUGCUCUCGCUGUCGGGCCGCCUGGCCAGGGUGGAGAACGCCCUCAACAGCUUGGACGAGGAGGCCACGCCCGAGGAGCGGCGCACGCUGACGGAGAAGCGCAAGCUGCUGAUACGGCAGCACGAGGACGCCAAGGAGCUGAAGGACAACCUGGAUCGGCGCGAGCGGGCCGUUUACGACAUCCUGGCCAGCUACCUGCCCGAGGACGGCAUGGCCGACUACGAGCACUUUGUCAAGAUGAAGUCGGCGCUCAUCAUCGAGCAGCGCAAGCUGGAGGACAAAAUCAAGCUGGGCGAAGAGCAGCUCAAGUGCCUGCUGGACAGUUUGCCCAUCGAGCAGCGCUUGGCUUUUUGAAAGGCUUGCUGUGAGGUGCACCUCGCCUCCACCGGGGGCCGCCAGAGUCUGAGGUAUUUCUCUGUCAGCCCCAACACGGCUGCCUGAAGAAAGAUGCUGCUUUUUCUCGGCACCUGUGUUGAAUGCAGUGAAACCCUGUUUAUCGUGGGGGGAUACGCUACACACUCACCCGUGAUCCAUGAAAACCUGCGGUAUGAAGAGACCAGAUUAAAAAAUGUUUUCCUUUUUUUUUUUUUUCCUUUUUUUUUUUGGGCCACCCAAAAUAGAAGAGAUUGAAACAUUGCACAGUGGUGCCUUGAGACACAAGUGAACAAGCUUACGAGUUUUUUUGUUUUGUUUUUUUGGUUUGACUUGCAAACAUUUGACAUGUAAUCACGGUAUGGUGACAGUUACCACAGUUCACUUUGUUCGCAGCAAGUAGCAAUUUGGCUGAUCGGGAAAAAUUUACCAAGCAAAAAAUUUCAAGUUAUUUAAAUGCCACUCCCUUGAAGUUUACCAUCAAACUGAACAAAACACCAAAACAACUUCGCCUUCUGCCAGCUCAAUAUUAACGCACAGUGCAAAAUGGCACAGAUGGCCUAAUGAAUAGCAUCACUAGGUGUGCUGUUAAAGUCCUUGAAGCAACAGAUAUUUGGACACAAACGGUGCCUCAACACACAGACAGACAAUUGAGUAAUACAAUUCUCACAGGCAUAUAUUCUUUAUCCUCCGAGAAAGCCGACAAAUUAUAGCAGCGAACUGAGUCACAGUCCGUGUGAAACUUUUUCAUUUGACUGCAUGACUGCAUUACUCUGCCCCUCAGUGGCUAAGUCACACACAUCAGAAGGUGCCAAAUAAAUUCCUCGUGAUGCACAAACAAA